CGCAUUGAGGACGGGCAGCGGUCGAAGGAAGGAGGCAUCAUGAGGCCCAUACAGUAAAGAACAGACCACCUCUGAGUGAAGCUGGGGUUCUAGGAAAGUACAUGUCCUUUUUUGUCGAAAAUUAUUUCCCGAGACGUGACUGAAGAUCUUCCGUGAAGCUGCGCGUCGCAAAUUACAGUCGACGACAGCGAGCCCCGAAGGGUUUCACGCACAAGCACGAUGCGAGAGCAAACAUUCCGAACUCUCCUGGCGUGUCGAUAAGCAGGGAGAAGCUGCAGCUCUACGUCGAUCUUGAUGGCGUCCCGGUUGCCGAGACGCACCCAACCCCUGCAGCGACACGAUAGGGGAUCACCUGCAGCGAUAGAAGUUGAGAAGUCGCAAACGAACCUGAAAAGCGACCACUUUUAGUAUAGCAAGGAGAAGGCGCUGAUGUUGAAGUGACUCUGACCGUUCCUUCGCUAACGAGGCAUUUGACGCCUUCGAGAAAGAAGAGCCAUUUAGCGAACAACGCAUCAAGGCAUCAAUCGAAGUAGCACUCGCGUUCUGUGCGGCGGUCGUGCCUCUCCAUCUACGCACAUCACGUUAUCGAAACCUGUGAGCCAGAAUUCCUGCAAGAGAAAUCUAAUAAUAACGACACAUCACCUGCACACCACUUCUUUCUCCCGAACAUCGGCACGCGAAUCACGACACAUCACCUGCACACCGCUUCCCUCACCCGAACAUCGGCACGCGAAUAACGACACAUAACCUGCACACCAGCACUUCGUUUUCCCGAGCACCAACAACAACACACCCCAAACCAUGGGUCUGCUCGAUCCAUGGGACGCGCUUCCGCCAGGAAGGAACGCCAAACUAGCAAGGGAAGCUGUAGAAGUACACCUAGCGAGCCAAAACGCAGAAGGAUUGGUCGGCAAGGAGGAAUGGCAGUUAUUUGGGAACUUGGAGGUUCUGUGGAUAAACGAUAACAGGGUCUCGAAAUUGGGCGAUGCAUUAGUGGACAAUUUUCGGAUAAAAGAGAUUUACAUGCAAGAUAAUAGAAUGGUAUUGCAUGCAAGAUAAGUAAUAGAAUGGUAUCUAAAUCUAUUGAACUAUGUAUGCUUCGCGUUGACUUUGGUUUGGGGCUUCGCGUUGACUUUGGUUUGGGGACAACGAUACUACACAUUGACUUUGGUUUGGGGACAACGAUACUACAUAUAGUUCUUGUUUCCCUUUAUUUAUUCGCAUUUUUCUUUAGCCUUACUCCUCUUGCAAUAUCUAUUUAUUCGCAUUUUUCUUUACCCUUCUCUUGGAAUAUCAACAGGAUCUUUUGGAUCUUUUUCGGUCACCACCUACCACCCAACCAGGUCUCCCUCGACGGCAUGUCAACUUUCAAAUUCUUGCGCGUCCUACGUGCGGGAAACAACAAAAUACGGAAUUUGGAUAAACAAAUAGCCGUCUUGAAGAGGUUUGCUUUUCUCAAAGAGCUGGAUCUGUUCGACAACCCAGUUGCAGAGGAGCCGGAUUACCGACUAAGAGUGAUAUAUCACUUGCCGCAGGUACACCUACGUCUAGACGGAAUGAUACAAACACCUCCUCGCGGUAUCAUCUAUUUCAAUGUCACUCUGCGUCAUGACUUUACAUCAUCUAAACCAGGUAGAGCUCCUAGACCUCAAGAGUGUCAAAGGACACGAAAGGGAAACGGCAAAUGAGGUGGUGCCGAAUAUGAACGUGGUGAUGUCAAUAGCGCCAGGUGACGUGUUAAAGGCACCGAAGCAGAAAUGGGUACUGCGACAUUAUAUUUUUGUGUCUAAGUUUUUUAUCAGGGAAGUCGUAGGUCCAAUCCGAACCGACUAACAUCAUCAAGUAGACGCACCAGAACUAGAGGUAGGAUUUCGUUGAAUGAAGACGAGUAAGACUCAUUCAUCAGCAUCUACUCUUGAUAAAAACACUUUGUUCCCUUGUUCAUCACUGAUAACAUCAACAUCUCCACAUCACGAGAUCAACACGCCGAACGAAGAGUUUACCUUCCAAUGUGCAGCGCAAAUAAGGAAGAAGUGGGAGGCAGCGGAGCAAGAGGCGAUAAAGCUCAUGUACUCGGCUUUAGGCGGAACUAGGAAUGAGUAUCCGCGCGACUUUGGGUUGCUGAAUAUUAAGGGUUUCGGAAUUGCAUCCUGAACUAAAAACAUCCUUGACGACCCUCUAUGUUUGAAUGGUUCUGGUAGGAAAGAGAAGAGUCAGACGAAGGCAGAAGUGGUAACCUCGUGGGGAGAAACGACGGAUGUCCUAAGGAAGUCAUUUCUUUUUAGUAGGAACAUAGAGUCUCCUCAGGAUGUUCUGAGGCGUCGUGGAAAAAAUUCUGCAGCCUCUAAGAAUAAGAACAACUUCGCCAUGCAUGAGUAUCGGAAAACAAUCGACACCUAUGAACUGGAUAACCUCAACGAAUUUGAGAAGAAUGACGUGAUCAACUUCCUCAAAGAGCUGGGCGUCGACAAGAAAAACCUGACGAAAACGCAAUUUAUCGACACGUUUUUGAAGCCAGACGCGGCAUAUAACGAGAGUGGGUUAGAACGUACUACUUUGAUGUUGAAUAUUUUUAUUGGACCGGAUUAUAACCAAUAUUUUUAUUGGACAUCUACUUGUUCCGGAUACGGAUUUCUUUUCAGCAAUAUAGCCCGAUUGCAGCAGCUGGGGAAUCACAAAUAACAUUAACAAAACAUACGUAACCGCAGCGCUUCUCUAUUACAUUCUUUGCGUGAGAUCCAUCGUGUAGACCAUCUACGACGCCCUUAUGGCAGUCUGCACUGAACGUUGGUAGUUUUUGAUUUAUCGGAACUCGCUCACGAUACAAAAAAAAGAAGAGAUUAAUUGUAUUGUAUUGCAUUGUAUCAGCAAUAACCCGAUUGCAGCAGCUGGGCAAUCGGAUAGGGAAAGUCCCUGACCCCGACGCAUUUGUACCACCUAGAGCAGGUGGGGAUGAGGGAUCCUCGGUGGCUAGUAUGAGCAUAGAACAGCCUGAGGCUGGGUCAAUAUGGCCCAAAUUCGCGGGGGACGAGAGGGAUCCAACGAUACAAGCUGCUGAUGUACUGCAUGCUACGAUCAGUUUUUGCUUUCGCGCUAGAUCUAAGUACGUAGGAGCAGUGGGAGCUUGCUUAGAUGAACAAGAUGAAGACAGUCGUGUAGUUUGUUGCUGUUUAUACGUCGUAAACAAGUAGAUUCUCCAACAACAUCCUCCUGUGGUCUUCCUCCUCCAAUGCCAGUACCCACCUCCUCAUACUCCACAGAUGCGAAACUUCUUCACCGGUACAGCUCUGCGGUGGCGCUAUGAAGAUGAUGAAUCUUUGGAUGAACGAGCUGCGUUUCUUUACGGGGAGGCGAAAAAGCUGGGACCGCCGAUAGGGAGUGAUCCAGCAGGGGCUACAGAAAAGUCUAGAGCCGCUUUGCGGCUAGAAGGAGUUAAAACGAGGAAGAUUACGGCUUUCGCUUGGAGGACGAUGAUAUUAUUUAGUAUCCGUGAUAAGUGAAGAACAGGCCGGCGCCUAAACCACUAAGCCAACUGCGCAGUUGGCUUAGUGGUUUAGGAAGAUGAGGAUCUAGUAGAAUACCUAAAUAAUAUUUUGAAGCUUGUACUAGAUCUAAAUCCAUUCUAUGAAAAAAACAUCACAUCCAUCAGCUCCUCUAAUCUACGAGCAGACCGUACCGAGAAAGAAAAAGCGAAACCACCAGACUUGCGACGAGACGCAUUUCCUCAACUAAAACUCAAUGAAUACACGGUCACAGACAAGAAAGGAAAGGCAAAGCCAAAAUGCAAACUUGAAAAGACACUAUUCAGGUUUGAUUGAUGUCAAGAGGACCCUAUUCGUAUUCAAUUAUUGGCAGAAUAAAGUAUUAAUACGAUGAGGUGUAUAUUAACGAUUCUUGUUUUUUUAGCCACUAGGUUCCUUCAAAAUGUAAUUAGUGCUUCUAGAUCAUUUGCAGCGCUUGCCUUUUUGUUUCCGUUUCAACAUCACAGUCACACCAUCAAGAAAAGUACUAGAGCUCUAGAUGCUCAUCCAAAUCAGCUGAAUCCUACGUAUGGGAGAUUGAGAGUGUGAAAUAGGUGAAUCCUUUAGGUUUCAGAUUCUUUCAGAGUUGUCCUCGUAGUCGUUUCGUAUUAUCCUCAGUGCUAUUUUAGACUUCAUAAAUAUGAACAAUAAAAAUUGAGAAUUAGAGUCCACUACAGCUGCAGGCUAUGGCUCCUGCUCCAGAUUGUACAGGUGUUCAGCACAAUCUUUUGGUUGUAGAAGCAUUUCCUGUUUCGGUAUCGUUAUAACUGAACAGCAAUGAAGAUUCCUAUUUUGAGAAGACCAAGAGCCCGAUCCGCACGGCUCCAGUGCAGUACUUUGAU